CGGUGCUGUUGCUCGUCUCUAGCCCCAUCACCGUCAUCCCCGGCUGCGUUGGCAAUCGGCUGAUAGGUCCCUGUCGUAGUGAUACCGUACCGCUACCCUUAGCCUAUAUUGCUACUGCUAGCUUGCCCGAAACUCUGCCUCGCGAAGCCUGCCGUGGAGUGUGUUGAACCUGUGCCUGCGCCUGCGAGCGCACUCCGGCCUAUCUCACAUACUCCAAGUCCAACCUUCCUCCACUUCACUCUCACCGUACAGCCAGCACGUCUACCACUUUCCUUUGCGUCUUUCUUGAAUUUGUGUUUGUACUUAAGCGAUAGCGGCGAAUACAACAGGGAGCUGGAAAUUACAUAUUCCCCUCUGCGUAGUCGCCGUUCAGGUCGCUCUGCUGUACAGCCAAACCGCAUAACCGACACCCAAUUCAACCUUGGGCAGCGCACCCUCAACGUUGCACACCACCUCUUCGUGCAAGAACUCCCCUUCCAACGGCGACCUUUUCGAGAUAGCCAUAUUGGCUUGUGCGCCCCGUUUUCACCAGCCAAGAUGAUCAGGUCAUGACACUGAACCCUCCGGCCGAACCGCGGCCUCCUCCGCUACGACGGCCGCCCGACGCCCAUCGGUCUGCACUCAGCGGGCCUACAACGAAGGCGCACACUCCGAUCGAAAGAAGGGCACCGAGUUUACAGAAGAAGAAUGAUCUGCAUGAAGAUGUUCGACCAGCAAAGCGACGCAAGAUAGAAGGGGAUUCAACUACGAGCCAGGCUUCCAGCGCCAGUAAUGAGACUCCGGUCGCCCAAAGCCCUGGAUCCUUCCAUGACCCGAAUGUGCCUCGUCUACGCUUAGUCAAGCCAGUGGUACUUAACACGGAUGACCAUUUCGGUCAAGGACAGCAGGAAGGGGACGAUGACUAUGGCGACGAAGUGCCUGAACUCCCAGCACGCCCAUGGAGUCACGUCCAGCAGUCGAGAAAACCUGAAGAUCCCAAACCAACCCAUCGCUCGCGCGUCAAAAUACCAGUCCCAAAUACACCCGACUCAUUACGACUCCCAUCGUCGGCACCUUACAUUGUCUCCAAGAAGCCAGCCGGCUACUUCCCAUGGACAGGGAAGCAUCCUGAGGAUGUUUUGAGCGAGUCCAAUGUGAAGCAAGGAUUCUACGACAAGCCACCCAAUCCACCGGAGAAGGAGUUGAAUACUGCAAAGGGCCCGCUGUAUAAUGCGUUCAAACACAAGGCUGGAGUGGAGAACCUGUCCUUACUGUUUUCCUUCGUCUUAGAGCGCAAGAAUCGACAUGGCCUGAUCAGCUCCGCCUCCACUUUCAGGCCGCCACCUCGAGUUACGUUGACUGAAGCAAAACGCAAGUCUUGGAUUGCAGAUUUGGCCAAUGCAGAUGUCCCGCUAAGGAGGCUCAGUCGAACUAUCCCGCAGGGUAUCCGGGGCCAGGUCCUUCUGGACCAGUGUUUGCAAGGCUCUGUCCCCCUGAAUCGUGCCAUAUGGUUCGCCAAAUGCGUCUGUGCGAACGAGAUCCGGACUCUGAAGCGAAAGGGGACUACUCCUGCAAUCGCUGUUGGCACAGAAAGCAAAUGGCUUCGUGAAUGGACGGUCAGCGUGGAGCAAUUUGUGGCCGCCCAUCUCGAACAAACGAAGCAACAAGAGUGGAUAUCAAACAUUGAAUAUGCGCUGCGUCUUACCACGCGCCUGUACAUGGAGAAUUUGCUGGAUCGAGACCACUACCUGGACUGGAUACUACGCUCUUUUCACACCGCCGACCUAGCUCACACGCCUUUCUGGCUGAUGGUUAUCCACAUAUACAAGGAGGACUUGAGCUACUAUCGGAAACGUGGUAGAAAGCUCGCGGAAGCGCUGGCUGACAAGUUCCAACUGGUCAACAAACCAUCUGCCCUCAAUACGACCUCCCUGCGGCAAAAACUGCGUCAUACAGUCCGGUGGUUGAUUCUGGCAUGGCCCAAGUGCUUUUUGAUGCCGGAGAAGUGGCCACAAAUCGUUGAUUCUGUACGGGCCUGCCUCGAUGCCACCUCCCAACACGAAACUCAAUUGCUGGAACGACUCGAUUUUAUCAAUGCGAGGACCAUGGGGCAAAACAAGCAGGCCUCCACUACCAAGCACACCGCCCGUGAAAUGGUUGUGGAAAUCCUUGAUUCUACCCACGAUUCAUAUGAACUUCCAAAGCUGGCUGAACAGCUCAGCGCAGCAUGUGGUGAUACUACUCAGCUGAUGACCACAUGUUUGGAGUGGGUUUGCACGCGUUUUCGGCACUGCCGGUCUCGAAUUUAUCUUUUCGCCCGCCUGGCGAGACGGUGGCAACGCAUGGGUCAUGAUAUCGACAAUAUAAUUCUGAACUACCUCUCUGACUGCAGGAACGGAUGUUAUGCAGACACAGUGGAUCAGAAAGCCUUACAGCAUCUGGCAGCGCAACUCUCUCGAUCGGGCCUGUUUCCUCUGGCCAAGUAUAUGCAAUGGCUCAUGGUUCGAGGGCUUCCGCAAAAAGGCGCCUUGGGAUCUGGUUUGGAUUCAGUAUCGGAUAACCUUGAGAAUCAGGCGGACCCGAGUCAUCUGCUGCUUCACGUGUCCUUGCACAAUGUCAAGGACCAUGUCAUCAACCUGCGGAACUCCGUUCUUCGCGGUUGCGGCUUUAACCCCGAAUCAGAGGACAAUGUCUUCCACGACUGCGUCCAGUACAUUGAGCAAGAAUUGGCCUCAUUAGCCCCCGGACGGAAACCUUCUCGAGUCAGGAAGCCAGAGCCUGCGUUUUCAUCAAUUCCAUGGACAGUCAAGUCCCGACUCUCUAUGUGGCUGCGCGGCAAGGUUGCUGAGUGGGCGCGGGCAAUUGGGAACGCACCUGGAGGUUCAGCUGCUCCUGCACUGCCAGGAUCACGAGUCUUCAACGUCGAGCAAUUUGCACUCGUCCGCAAAGUUCUCGAGCGCAUGGAGGAUGAUGCGGUGUUGGCUGAUGUAAUAGGACUCUUGUCCUCGUCACCAGACGAAGAUGUGAUCGCGGCCCUUGUUGCAACAAUACACUUUCACGCAGACGUCUUUUCCGCGAUCGGGGCAUUUGAGGUUCUUCAACACCGAAUGUGCCAAGUUUACCUAACAUGGCGGGCUUCUCGACCGACCAUGCCCCUUUUUACCUCAACGUUGCUCGAUCUCUGCACAGCGUACCCAGUCAAAGCGCCGACGACAAGACUAUUGCAGCAAGAUUUCGUCAAAGGCGAUCGAGGACGUGCGGUUGCUGCCUGUUCUCCGUACAGCGAUGGGAUUGCCGAAUCAUUGCAGCAAGCCGGCGCCACGUUUGUCGAAGAUUUUGAGGCUAUCCUCCAAUCCGAACCCAACAUGAACGAGCAAACGAUGAAUGGCCUUUUUGCAGUUUUGGUGGACCGCAUCGAGAAACAGCAGAAGUUCGGUUAUGAUUCAGAAACGGUCGUGUCCUUCUGCCAUCUACUGAGCCGUUUGCGCUUGUGCAGGAGAGUCCAAGGAGACUCGCUGAUUCAGAAAUGGGUUGCUCGCCUCGUACCGUCGGUGGAUGGAAAUUUUGGAGCCUUGCUGCUUCAAAGCCUUGUAGGGACCCACUGUACGACCUUUGUUGGCCUGGUGGGAGUAAUAUCCGAGUCCAAUUCAGGAGUUUGGAAAAGCCCUGCCGCUCGAAUCCUCUUACAGCAUAUCAGCCUGCCCACGGAAGGAUCGUUGCCUGAUUUGGUCGAAUAUCGAGCCCGGAGUAGGUGGCUUGAAUACGUCCAAGAAUAUCCAAGCUCUGCACUAGAAAUUCUCUAUGAAAUCGGCCUUGAGUCUGCGUUGGCGCCAAUCGAGAAGGCGCUGCUGUCUUCCCUUGUCAAAGACGAUACAUUCAGGACGUCCACGAUAUCCCCUGCAGCACAACAGUGGCUCCUGGCUGCACUCGAUCGCUUGCUUUGUCGAGGUGCAGCUGGCAAGACUGGAGACAUGCGAGCGCUUGUUGGGUCUAUGAACGUCUUUUCUCAUCGAUUUGUGCAGCUGCGAUUCUGGCUUGCUUCCCGAACAAUGCCAGAUCAGUCUACCGGCUACGACCAGGACGAACUUGUCCAGGUUCUGUCAGAAAUGCUAGGCCGAAUGCUACAAGAGCCGCCCGGCAGUGAGGAAGGCCAUCGCUGGUAUGCCCAACUACUGGAAUCAGUGGACGUCGGUGUCGCCAAUCAGCUACGGCAUCAGGUCGAGAGCGAGUUUCUCGAAGCCUUGCCCAAAUCUCUACCGAACAAGGCCGCCAGUCCGGUGACGGCUCUAUUUUCCAGCGACGUCCAUCAUUUGUCCUCGAUAACCGAACGGGCAUAUCUUCUUUGCACAAGUUCAACGAGUCCUAUGCCCGGCUUCAUGGCCCAGUUGAUAGACAAGUUAAUGCAACACCUCAAAGCCCUCGGAGUCAACCCUUUGGCUCCGGCUUCUUCUACGGCUGCGGGACCCUCGCCCUCACCUAUCAACACGAGUGCUCCGCAGAUGAUGGCUCCGACUUACAGCCCUGCUGCAGGCAGCUCCGAAGCUGGGUAUGGUGUCAUCUCUGGAAUGAUCAUGGGUCACUUCCGAUAUUUGCUCCAGAUGGUGUGUCUACAACGGCUGGCAUUAUGUUCCGCAGUUGCUCCGGGCGCGAAUGCAAAACAAGCGCAAGCGGAACAGGCACAGCUACUCGUGCGACUGGCUUCAAUAGCCACACACCCAGCCAUUACCACGGCAGCGACCGAUUCGGCCGACCCGGAAGACCAACAAAAGGUCAAGGAGGUGCUCGACUUCACCUUCGACGUCAUGGCCACUAUCAUCGACAAUGUCGGCGACGAGGUGAGAAUGAUGGGCGCCAAAGCGUUGAAAGACAAGCUACAGGACAGGCGGAUGAGACACUUAUUCGGUAGCGUCAACAUGAUGGGCUCCACACAGGUGCGUGAUGUUGGUCAGGGAUUGCAAAUGAUUAAAGAAGGAAAGGGUGUGCUGGGAGAUUGGAAGCCUCGUGUAUGGGAGAUUCUGGACAAUGGAAGCGCCAAGGAGAGCGAAACGUCGCUUGGAUUGGGACUUUUCGGCGCUCGGCAUAAAUGACUGUAGCAGACCGUUUUCUGCGAGCUUACACUGAGAUGCUUGCGAGAAAGGAACAUAUCUCUUUGAUCUAAUUGCUGCGUGGUGCACACACCAUUUUACGAUAUGUAUGUUGUGAUGUCGAGAUGAGGAAUGCGUUUGCAUACUACAACAUUCUGGGUGAUGCGCUCUUUGUGGAAGGACCACAUUUGGACAAACUUUGCAUGACCCAGGUUGAGGUUGAGCCUGGGUCGACCUUGAGAAUAACAGAGAAUCAAGAAAUAAAUCGAGCGAAUUCGGUCUUUGUCCAUCUGCCAUUUGACGGA